AUGAAGCGAAUUAGCGUUCCUUUGGCCGCCCUGCUGCUGGUGGGACUGGCAGUCGCGUUGGAAGAGCAGAGCCCGAAGUGUACGGUUUCUGUGACGACUGCUAGCGGUACUAAGGCCCGUGCUGGGCCGUACUGCACGGGAGAGCUGAUCUUUGAGGAUAACUUCAACACGCUCGACUUUGAGACCUGGGAGCACGAAAACACUCUCAGCGGUGGAGGUAACUGGGAGUUCCAGUGGUAUCUUAAUCACCGUUCGAACUCGUACUGUGAAAAUGGUAUCUUCUACAUCCGUCCGACCCUGCUUGCCGACGAUACGGGUGAGGCGUUCCUGAGCAGCGGUACCCUGAACAUCCAUGGUGGACAGCCGGCCGAUCAGUGCACCAGCGCUAUGUUCUGGGGAUGUGAGCGUACCGGUUCUCCGACCAACCUGAUCAACCCCAUCAAGAGUGCUCGCGUUCGCACGGUGAACUCGUUCAACUUCAAGUACGGACGGAUGGAGGUACGUGCCCGCAUGCCUACCGGUGACUGGCUCUGGCCUGCCGUUUGGUUGCUGCCCAAGCGCCAAGUGUACGGAACGUGGCCCGCCUCCGGUGAGAUCGAUCUGCUAGAGUCUCGCGGCAAUAUGGACUACCGUGGCUCGAACGGUGUUCACAUCGGUACGGAACAGUUCGGAUCAACGCUGCACUUCGGACCGAACCCCUCGCUGAACGGAUGGGAAUCGACCGUCGCGUACAAGAACACUGCCGCCGGACAGGGUUGGAACACGGGAUUCCACAACUAUCAGCUCACAUGGACGCCCGAUUACAUUCGAUUCUCGGUUGACAACCAGCUCGUCACCCAGAUCGACGCCGGCACUGGUUUCUGGAACCGUGGAAACUUUGGCAACAUUGCACCGGGAACGGAGAACCCUUGGAUUCACGGAACUCGUAUGGCUCCGUUCGAUCAGGAGUUCUACAUCAUCAUGAAUCUGGCCGUGGGUGGAACGAACGGAUACUUCCCGGAUGUUCCGCCGGCAAGCAACGGUAACCGUGGUAAGCCGUGGUCGAACAACUCGCCGACUGCUGCCCGUGACUUCUGGAACGGACGUAACUCGUGGCUGCCGACGUGGCGUAUGACCGACAACCGUGGCAAGGACUCUUCGCUACAGAUUGACUACGUGCGCGUGUGGGCUUUGUAA